UGCGGAUACGCAAGGGCUCAGAGCGCUGUUUGGGACACAGGGACAGCUGUGUGUAGUGGAAGUUGCAAGCGCCGGGCAGCGCCAUUUUUCCCCCGACUUGUUUGUGUAAAUAUAGGUUGGGUGGCGACACUGCGACAUGGAGGGUAAAGAGAGUAAAGAGCCAGAACAGCUGAGGAAGCUGUUUAUUGGUGGUCUAAGCUUUGAGACAACAGAGGACAGCUUACGUGCUCAUUUUGAGCAAUGGGGAAAGCUCACAGACUGUGUGGUGAUGCGGGAUCCCGGGAACAAGCGCUCACGGGGCUUUGGCUUUGUAACGUACUCCUGUGUAGGUGAGGUGGAUGCAGCAAUGGCUGCCCGCCCCCAUAAAGUGGACGGUCGUGUUGUCGAGCCUAAACGAGCAGUUUCCCGUGAGGAUUCUAAUAAACCAGGGGCCCACUUGACAGUAAAAAAGAUCUUUGUUGGUGGGAUAAAGGAGGACACUGAAGAAUAUCACAUACGUGAAUACUUUGAGCGGUAUGGGAAGAUUGAAAGCAUUGACAUUAUGGAGGAGCGAUCAACAGGGAAAAAGAGAGGGUUCUGCUUUGUAACGUUUGAUGAUCAUGACACUGUGGAUAAAAUUGUUGCUCAGAAAUACCACACCAUAAACUCCCAUAACUGUGAAGUCAGGAAAGCACUACCUAAACAGGAAAUGCAGGCAGUUUCUAACCAGAGGUAUCGUGGUGGUGGAGGAGGUAAUUUUAUGGGCAGAGGUGGCAAUUUUGGAGGUGGCAACUUUGGCAGAGGUGGUUAUGGAGGAGGUCGAGGAGGCUAUGGGGAUGGCUAUGACGGAUUUGGUGGAGAUGGUGGGAACUAUGGCGGUGGACCAGGUUAUGGCGGUGGACGUGGAGGAUUUGGCGGUGGUCCUGGUUACGGUCACCAUGGUGGAGGGGGAGGAGGAGGGAGUUAUGGAGACAACUACAAUGAUGGACGCAACUUUGGUGGGAACUUUGGUGGAGGUGGAGGUGGAAACUACAAUGAUUUUGGGAAUUAUGGGGGACAGCAGUCAAACUAUGGCCCUAUGAAGGGAAAUAACUAUGGAGGGAGGAAUUCAGGUGGUCCAUAUGGAGGUGGCUAUGGUUCAGGCAGUGGUGGUGGUGGCAACAGCUAUGGUUCAAGGCGAUAUUAAUGUGUAUAUAUAUGGCUUCAGUUGGACAGUUAGCAGGAGAUGAGAUGAGUGGAGAGGAGAGGAGAUGAGAGGAGAGGUCAGGAAAGCAGCAGGUUACUAUGAGAAAGCCAGGACCUGCUAGUCAGAGCACUAAAAAUGGAGACAUAAAGAAGGACUGUUUCCACUAGCUACAAUGAGCAAGGGUGUAGCCAGAUACACAUGACCUAGUAUGUGUCAGUAUAUGUACAUUCCUUUAAUAUUUUUUGCUAGAUUUUUACCCCCUUCGUAUAUAAUUUUGCCCAUUUCCGAAAAAUUUCGUUUUAUUUUUCCAGAGUUAUAUACCAAGUGUCGUAGAUGUUGCGUAAGCUUUUGAAUAAUAUGGUCUUAAAUGAUUUUCUCUUUACUCUAUUAGAUUUAUAACUUCGAUUUAUAGCGAUUUUGUUAUUUAAAAAGUCACAAACUAGCUGCCAACUAUGGUAUAAUUUUUGGUUACCGUAAUGUUUUGGUUUCAUGGCAGUGAUUCUUAUCAGUGUCAAGUGUAAAUUUCUGUUAGUGUGUUUGUUUUGUCUUACGUUGUGUAAAAAAAAUUUAUAAGCAGUAUAGAUUUGUCAGAUUGGGGGGCAUGUAACAGAUCCAUUUGUACAAAUAGAAGUCUAGAUUGUUAAAAUCUAUUGAAAAGUGAAAAAGAAACCAGAUUAAAUAAAAUGUAGAAAAUUCCCUAAUCAAAGUUAAGUGCAUCAUUGAGUCUGGAAGAAAGUGCAGUUUUGAGUGUUUGUUGAAUGUGUUCUAAUGGAAGUGUAGCUAAUGAACUCAGACACUUCAACACAUUAUGAGGAUAAUAUACAUGUUGCUCACACAUAUAUAUGAGCAAAGGGGUAUCGAGAUCUAGCCAAAUACCACCAAGCAGGUCUCAGUUGCCCAGUGUGGAUGUAAGACAGAGCCUCAACUGGACCAGACAGCAAGUUGUGUCAGAAAAGAGGAGGGAGAAAAAACAAGGGAGCACCGAAAGCCAAGUCUGUGGAGCAAAGUCAUCAGGUGUCACACCAGAAAGCUAGCAUCUGUUUUUUUCCAAUACUAGCCUAAGCGCCAAAAGCAGCUGACGCUAGUGAAGAAAGGCUAGCGAGUACCUGGACCCAAGAAGCGUGACAGCCAAUGCUAGCCAGCAAAGGAAGGGAAGUGAGUAUGAGGGGUUUGAGACACAAGUGAAAGAGACCACAAAAGAAGAAACUUGCAUGUUUUAGGACCAGGUAAGAGUAACCAUUCUGCUUAAUUUACAGAUUGAAACUGAAGUGGCUGCUCAACAAAUCUUGUAUGACACGUUUUCAGCGAAAGGUCUGGAUGGGUAAGAUUAAUUCCUCAAAAUAUGUGUGGACAAUUUUGCGGUAUCUUCCCAUAGUCUCAGACAGACACUACUGAAGUUUCUAGACUUGUGGUACUUGUUGAAUCUGUUGAUGCAUUGUUGACUUCACAAAAAAAGUUUUCCUUUUCACUUGAAUUACAUAAUAUCACAUGCGUUUUAAUUAAGAAGUAACACAAACUUUCCAUUUGAAAUUUAAACCUUUAUUUUUUCCCCCCAAAGAUUGUUUUAAAUUUCAGAACUAUUUGUUAUAAGAAUUAUGAUACUUUUGCAACAUUGUUUUAAAGCAUUCGGUAUGUUAUUUUACAUUCAUACAGUACUUGCCAGGCGAGGCCUAUAUGCAUAUAAAAACUGAAUUUUUCUCAAGUA